AUGAGCGCUGCCGAUUCUACAGCUAAGCAAACCGCCAAGAAGGCAAGCAAGCCUACCGUUCCAGCUGCUCACCCUUCUUAUGUCAGCAUGGUAGCUGCAGCUAUCGGAGCGCUGAAGGAAAAGAAAGGUUCGUCCAAAAUUGCGAUUUUGGCCUACAUCAUGGCUAACUACAAGGUCAGUGAAGAAAAGACCAAGGUUGCUCCAAGAAUAAGAACUGCUCUGAAGAAUGGUGUGGAGAAGGGAACAUUGAUGCAAGCAAAGGGAAACGGAGCUACUGGCUCUUUCAAACUUGGAGAAAAACCCAAGACAGCAAAGAAACCGAAAGCUACUGCUACUAAAAAAGCCAAGACGCCUAAGAAAGCUGUGCAGAAGCCAGCAGUUAAGGAAGCCGCCAAACCGAAGAAGGUCAAUACCCCCAAGAAGGCAUCAACCAAGAAGCCUGCAGCUAAAAACCCAGCGGCCAAGAAGCCCGCAGCCAAAAAAACAGCAGCUAAGAAGCCCGCAGCCGAAAAGCCAGCAGACAAGAAACCUGCAACUAAGAAAGCAGCAGCCAAAAAGCCUGCAACGAAGAAAGCAGCAGCCAAGAAGCCUGCAACUAAGAAAGCAGCAGCCAAGAAGCCUGCAACUAAGAAAGAAGCAGCCAAGAAGUAA